AAGAAGACUAAAACCGUGUGAAACUGUCCCGGUCUAAAUAUCCAUCAAUUGCCACUCAACGCCGUCCAAACCGCCAGCGAUGUCUACCUCUGCCCACACCAACCUCCCACCGGAGAUCAUCGAAGCAAUCCUCCGUCUGUUACCGGUUAAAUCUCUGGGCCGCUUCAAAUCAGUUUCAAAGAAAUGGAACACACUCAUUUCCAGCCCCCAAUUCAUCAAAACCCACCUCCGUCAAACCACUAAACUCAUCCUCACUUCCGACACCAAAUCUCUAUACUCCCUUCAUCUCAACACAGACGACUUAUCCGCAACCGGAAAAGAACUAUGUUUAGGGUCCCCUGACUCACCUCCAAGCAGGUGGGAACAGAUUUUAGGGUCCUGCAACGGACUCGUAUUAGCGAUUGACGAAGUUGACAAGAUAUUCAUAACCAACCCGACCACGAAAGAGGUCUGGGAAGUUCCCAGGUCCCCUUUCGCACUCCCGGAGGAUGAGAGUUUUGUUAUGUAUGGAUUUGGUUAUGAUUCAGCCAAUGUUGAUUAUAAAAUAGUGUCGAUAUCGUUUUGGGAUACCGACAAUGAGCAUAAUCCGGACUGUACGGAUAUGUUUGUAAGCGUUUAUGGAUUGCUUAACAAUUGUUGGAGAAAGUUGGAUAACUCUCCGUACGACCACGCGGUGGGUCAUUUAACAAGCGGUGUGCUCGUUAACGAGAAGCUUCACUGGUUAACGAGCACACGGCCUGGAUACGCGUCCACGAUUUGCGCGUUUAGUUUAGAAAAUGAAGGGUUUGUAGAGAUCGAGUUGCCGGAUUCGAUUGAUAAUGGGAAAGCUGUGUUUAAUGAGCUGGUUGUUGUUGGUGAGAAGCUUGGUUUGUUUGUGGGGAAUGAUUUGUGGGUGAUGGAGGAGUACGGUGUUGGUGGGUCUUGGACCAGGGUUUGUAUUGAUGGUGUCGAGGUUGAUCCGGUUAAGCCUGUGUGUUUGGUUGAAGGAAGUGAUGGGGAUAUUGUGUUGGGUGGUGAAGAUGAAGUUGUUGUGUACAAUAUAGAUGAAAGCAGAUGCAGAAAUGUAGUGAUUGAAGGGGGUCCGAGUGGGUUUGCUGUUGGAGGUACUUAUUUUGAAAGUUUGGAGUCACCUAAAUGCAUCAUAAGAACACUGUACACUCAAGAUGGAUGAUAUAUUCUUGAAUCCAUUCAGCGACAUGUAUGCUUUUUCUGGAAAUUCGGGAGACGAUGUAACUUCAAGAAACAACAAUGAGAAUUCGUCAAAUGCUAAGAAGAGGUUUUCGGAUGCGUUGGAGAUCGAAAGUGCUUUUGGAACGUAUAAUAAACCACCGAAGUUGAUGGCUAUCGAAGAUUAUAGUAGAUGGGCAAGAAAAUUCGAAGAUUGGUUGAUGGCGUUUGCAUUUCAGAGUUGGAAGAAUCUCAAAAAUGGCUAUAAUAGUGGAGGCAAGAAGGGUGAAAUGUUAUCUACUACCGAGGAGAUAGACUCGUUUGUUGCGGAACAGAAAUGUGUUGCAUUACUUUUUCAAUCAGUGCGAGAACAUAUCAUAUCUUUAAUUGAUUAUUCUAGUUCUAAAGAUCUUUGGGAAAAAUUAGAAAAGAAAUGUAUUGGUA